UGCAGACUUCAAAUUGUGUUCUAUUGACCAAUCAGUGAAGUAUUUUUUUAAAGAAAAAUGUUUUACCUGGAAGAAGUUGCGAAGCAAAAAUGGUCUCCGUACGACUACGCGGCGAGCACAUUUUGGUGGAUAACAGGCUCAUUUGCAAUUCCACUUAAUCUUAUUUUGAUCUACCUGAUAAUGUUCAAAUCGCCGAAAAGUUUGCAACUUUACAGUAUUUUUCUGAUUAAUACCACUUUGGGGGACUUGGCAUUCUCCAUUUCGUGUACUUUGGCACAAAUUCGAAUAAUACCGAACAAAUGGGCAUUUGCAUAUAUUUCCCUGGGUCCUGCUGGCUGGAUUGGAGGGUCACAGGGUGGUUAUUGGGCAUAUUGUGUCAUGCUUCACUCCCUAUUCUACAUGUUCUUGUGCUUUCCAAUAAGUUUUGGCUUCCGGUAUUGGAUAUUGAUUCGACCGGCUCCCGAACAAAAAUCAUGUAUUUUAAUGUGUUUUUGCCUGUGGCUUGUCGCUUUUGCGCAGCAUAUCUGCUUCAUAUUCUCCGAAUCACCGCCAGAUGAAAUAACGGCUUAUCUAAAAGAAAAUAAGCCAAUGUACAAAGUAGAUCACUUCUUUAUUUCCGGUAACCAUAUGAUCAAGUCACCGCUGACCUCGGUCACUUUGGCCACAAUAGUUCUCCCGAUGUUCCCAAUUUAUUGUAUGGUCAUAUUUUUCUAUAAGAAAGUACACAAUUAUCUAAUUCAUAAUAAGACGACAAUGAGUGAAGGAACCGAAAAAGGCCAUCGAAAACUCAUCCAAGUGCUCACAAUUCAGGCUUCGGUGCCGAUUUUCCUAGUGUUUCCGCCAAUUACACUUUAUGGACUAUAUCACCUUGAAUUUAUUAAUUUGACGGUUGCCGAGUAUUUGGUUUACACAAUUUUUAGCGUAAUCCCCCUUAUCCAACCAAUUAUCACAAUAUACUACAUAAAACCGUAUAACCAUGGUUUCCGACGUCUAUUCUGCCGCUGGAUGGUCCGGCCAAUUCCUACGAAAUCUCUGACUACUGUAUAUGGGGAACGCGAGACGCGAUACUCGUCGACGAGAUAUGAUUGAUUUUUUCUUAAUUAACCCUUUUUUUAAUGUUUUAAUAAAUAAUAAAAUUUGAAAAUAAAAAUUAAAAAAGUCGAAAU